AAUGACCCGUGGCGUCUAUUGAAUUGGUCAACGAUCGAAGCACGGGGUGUACCACGUGAAUCUCAACAACGAUAGGUACACGUUCAGGUAAUAAAUAUAUGCAUUAGUUAAAUUUAAUUAUCAUCAUAUCCUAACAACCUUGGUAUUUAUGACACAACCUUAUGUAAGAUGUGCACACUGAUGAAUAUUCAUGAGUUCCCUGACGUUAUAACCACUGCAUGACUCGACAGUACAAAGUAGGAUUGCGGUAUAUUUGUUUGGUUUGUGCACUGACGUGCCAUCGUACCCAGGAGCUUGCUUGUGUAACUGUCGGAUAUAUAUAAACAUGUGGACUUUCACGUGAAGAGAACACGUAACAAAACAACACUCACGCUGCAGGACACAGCAAAGAGAAGAAGAACGGUACAACAUGGGUCACAACAUUCCUUUGUUAGUGCUAACUGUCAUUAACCCGAUAGUAUACGCGGUGGCAACAAUAUUCAACGCUUUAUCCGGAGAUGUGGGAGUCAAACUAGGGAUCUUCAAAAACGGCACGGGUACUAUUUCCAAUAAAUACCAGGUAAAUAUUACCCCCGCUGGAUGGAUGUUCAGUAUCUGGGGGGUGAUCUACGUGUGGGAGGCGGUCUGGAUCGUCUACACCAUCGUCAACUUGUUCCGGAAGACUUCCUCCGGCCCCCUGUACUGUAACCCCACCCUCCUUCCCUGGACAUUCUUCGUCUGUUUCAUGGUCAACAUGUGCCUGAAUCUGUCCUGGAUCCUCCUCUUUGACAGAGAACACAUGAUCGUCGCUUUCGUCGUCCUGUUUUUCAUCGCCUUCACUCUGUACGUCUGCAUGUUUAUUUCAUACCGCCAUCUUGACAAGAACAUCGAGUUUCUCAAGAAAGACGGCAGGAAGAUGGACAUCUGGUGUAUCCGCAUCAUGGUACAGAAUGGCCUCGGCGUGUACGCUACCUGGACCACCAUUGCCACUCUCCUCAACAUGGCGAUCGUCAUGAUCUACGAAGGCAACCCACGGAUAGCCAACGAUGACGCCAGCACCGUGGCUCUUUCCAUUCUAGUGGUCGAGCUCUUGGGAUACACCUUUGUAGAUCUUGCUUUCCUGGACCGUUAUACACGUUACACCGUCACCCCGUUCUGCGUGGUGCCCAUGGCCCUGGGGGCGAGUCUGGCCAAGAACUACAAGGCCGGGUCCAGAAACUCUAUCCUGACUAUUGUUAUGGUCGUUUUGGCGCUGUUGUGUCUGGGAGCCAAAGUGUUCUUUUUGAUUUGGCGCGAACUGAGGAGCCCAACGAAAUCCGUCAGAAUUACAGACUCCGAUGAGGAUCUGAGGAAAGAAAAGGCGGCCGUCGUUUAAGUAUAUGAUGUAACAUUACAGACGAACCAAAAAACGACACACCAAACAGUCUUUGUACAUAUUAACUACAACAUUUUUUAUAUUUGUAUGAGAGGAGAUUGAGAGCUGUGAUAUGACUUUUUAAGUGCAUGCAUAUACAUUGCCAAAAAACCAACGUCAUUAUAUUUGCCUUAUACGAGGAAACAUUUGUUGACCGAAAUGUAUUUUUAUUGACAUAUGGCCUUCACUUAGCGAGUUUUGUAUGAAUAUACAUUUACAUUUUUGGGCAUUAUUCAUGUACAUAUUUUCAUUGCAAAAAGUCUUAUAUUUGUGCCUCAUACGAGGAAGCAGUUGUUGACUGAUAACUAUUUCAUUUUUCCUUGGACAGGUAGUUUUGUAUGAAUAUACUUGCACUUCUUUUGGGCAUUAAUCACGUAGUCACACCGGUAUAUAUGGAGAAAGUCACUCAUUUAGCUCCAUUCAUCGAAAGCAUAAUUCAGAUAUACAUUCAAUAUGUUAUACUUCUAUUGUACAUGUUUUAUCUUUUUGUCAUGUUGUAUUUUUUUUUCAAUUUAAAGAAGUUUGUAUAUUUCUUAAAAAAACAUUUCAGAAAUUAAAAAAAAAAAUAAUGAAAUAAAGAAA